CAUUUGUUUGUGCGUAUUGUUUCUUUGCUAUCCGUGUUCUCGGUUGCUGCAAUUACAAGUAUAGCAUAAUUAGUAUUGCUGUAGAGCAUAGUCCUUUUCGGUUAUGGGUGAUCAUGUCGGCCUCUGGCCUGGACUCGCUUGUCAUAUCCUAUCGUGUCCUGCCCUGCCCUGUGUCCAUUCACGACAACGACAACUACCAUGUCCCUCUAUCCCAUGUUGUUCCCCUCAUCAUCAAUUCCACGAACCACAGCAAUUUCCGUGCCGAUGUUGUUCAAAUGUUGUUUACUGUGCUCUUACUCUCACUCCCACUCCUCAAUAUACAAGUGCCUAGGCGGAAUAGGUUCUCGAACUGAUAGGUAGAGGUAUGACAUUGCAGUACAUCAUAGAAGCACACGUAACAGC